AUGCCAAAUAUGAAAUUUGUGAGGAUUGCUACAAAAGAAACUGAAGAUGAAUCCCGACGGCCAACAAAGAGAAGGCCGACGGCCAACAAAGAGAAGGCCGACGGCCAACAAAGAGAAGGACGACGACCAACAAGGAGAAGCCCGACAGCCAACAAGGAGAAGCCCGACGGCCAACAAAGAGAAGCCCGACGGCUAACAAAGAGAAGCCCGACCGCCAACAAAGAGACGCCCUACGACAAACAAAGAGAAGCCCGACGGCCAACAAACAGAAGCCCGACGGCCAACAAGGAGACGCCCGACGGCCAACAAAGAGAAGGACGACGACCAACAAGGAGACGCCCGACGGCCAACAAGAAGAAGCCCGAUGGCAAACAAACAAAGCCCGACGGCAAACACAUGAGAAGCCCGACGGCCAACAAAGAGAAGCCAAACGGCCAACAAGGAGACGCCCGACGGUCAACAAGAAGAAGCCCGAAGGCCAACAAACAAAGCCCGACGGCCAACAAAGAGAAGCCCGACGGCCAACAAGGAGACACCCGACGGCCAACAAGGAGUAGCCCGACGGUCAAGAAAAAGAAGCCCGACGGCCAACAGGAAGACGCUCGACGGCCAACAAGAAGACGCUCGACGACCAACAAGGAGAAGCCCGACGGCCAACAAAAAAAUCUGACGGCCAACAAGGAGAGAAGCCCGACGGCCAAUAAAGAGAAGCCCGACGGCCAACAAGGAGAAGCCCGAGGACCAACCAACAUGGAGAAGCGCAACGGCCAAUCAUCAAGGCGAAGCCCGACGGCCAACAAGGAGACGCCCGUCGGCCAAAAGGGAAGCCCGACGGCCAACAAAAAGAAACCUGACGGCCAACAAGGAGAAGUCCGACGGUCAGCAAAGGAGAAGCCCGACGGAAGCCCGAGGGCGGAAUAA